AUGAUCGACGACGAUAUCUCGGAAUCAGCAUUAGUUCUACUUGACAAAUUCACUUAUCCACCUUUGCCUCCAAUCACAGAUACUAAGCUUGAACGAGCAGUGUUUACCCAUCGUUCUCUCGUCAAUUCGUUACCUACCGAUCUAUUAUUAGGUGGUUAUGAGAGUUACGAAAAGUUAGCUCAUUUAGGUGAUUCUUUACUCAACACCUUCAUUACCUGUUUGUUGCAUGCUAUGAAUCCUAAAUCACGACCUAAAACAGCUACGGAUCUUCGAUCAAAAUUGGUCAAUGGCGAGAUCAACGCUCAUAUCUCAAGACACUAUGAUCUUCCUGCAAAAGUUCUCACUGCUCGAAGUGUAGGAGGGACUUUCAGAGCAUCGGACAUUGAGGCCGGAGAAGUAUAUGAAGCUUAUCUUGCUGGAUUGUUCUAUUCUUACGUCAAAGCCAAACCGAACGUGUCUCCUCCUUCAGCCUCUCACGAAGAAGCCUCUACCGAUAAGAACAUGAGCCAGGACAACAGCAACAAGCAAAAUAUUGAAGAAAGCGUGAUUGAACCCAAAGUCGACAUCUCAUCUCACGGUCAAGCUUUUGAUAGGUUAUCUUUAUUCUUACAGGAACUGUAUCAACCUCUCAUUCAACCACUGUUGGAUUCUUUAUCUUCUCCUUUAUCGGAGCUUUUGUUCGGUGACAGAUUCCAAGAAGAUAUAUUGGUACUUUCAGAAGGAGCGAAAUCUGAACUCAACACGUUAACACAAAAGUGGCGAUUGGCUCAACCAAGAUAUUCGCAUGAAUACAUUUGGCCCGAGUGGACUUUACCAUUUCAACGUAAAGGUACACAUGGAAAGGUUUGGAAGAGCACUUGUACGGUUAGGAAGAGAGAUGGUACAUCUCUCUCGAUGAACGGUAUUGGAGAUGGUGCUAAAGGUCCUGCUGACAACGUAGCUGCUUAUUUGUCUUGCAAUGCCUCACAGGAUCUUCUACUAGACCUUACUAAGUGA